AUGUCGGCCCUAUCCAGUCUUGAAUACCUUGCAAUAGUCGACAGCAUGAUGAAUGUCGAGACCCUGGAGUUGAUGUACUGCAACUAUGAAAGUGUCAAUUCGUACAAUGUGCUCAACCCUCAAGGAAAAGUGCUCGUAUUAUCGUUGCUUCGAAGAAUUGCCGCAAUACGAGCGUCAAGACUUCUAGCAGCGCCGCGGUUUCACUAUUCACAUUUACGCCAACCGACGCAAGUUGUUCCUGAGUUUCCCCAAGUUGUUGUCGAGGCUCCCGUGGGACGACCCCAGUAUACUGGGUACAAUCUCCUUUUCAAUAUCGCCAAUGGAGGACAGAUGAUGGCUCGUUUUCAAAGUGGUAGUGGAGCCAUGGUACAAAUCCAUUGCGGAAACAGGCAGUUCACGAUCACUGAUGGACGCAGCAAUGUACUUUGUGGAACGAUCACCAAGCUCUUCUCUGGAAUGAUUUCCAAUGUGAUGAAUGUUCAUACCAAGGAAGCUAUCAUCUGCCACGUUUUGCUCAUUGACUUGGUUGCCUUCAAGGACCAAGAGUCGCGCUCAAUAAAUAAA